GUCGACUUGUUUUCGCGCUCUCUCUUAGCACCUUGGGCCCUUGCUUCAUGCAUCUACCACGCUUUGGAGUCAUCAAGCUGCCCUCGAGAUCAUCCAACAGAUAUAUCUUCUACGGUGUCCUUCUUGGUCUUGCUCUCUCUCUCACAACCACCUCGGUUGUUAGCUAUUUCCAGCAGCGGAAACGGAAGCGCGCAGAACUCACCUUCGAACCGCGUCCUAUUGAGCUGCGUAGCGAUGAUGUGGUACAGGGUGUUACGGGCUUGAUUGGCAAUACACCGCUAGUGAGGAUCAACUCUCUCAGUGAUGCGCUUGGUGUAGAGAUUUUGGGCAAGGCCGAGUUCAUGAACCCAGGAGGGAGCGUGAAGGACCGUGUAGCUUUGCGGAUGAUCGAGGACGCGGAGGAGCGCGGCCUGUUGCACCCACACACGGGUUCCCGCAUUUUCGAAGGAACGGUCGGCUCUACAGGCAUCUCUAUUGCUACGAUCGCACGCGCCAAGGGCUAUGAAGCCACGAUCAUCAUGCCUGACGACGUCGCGGAAGAGAAGGUCAAGGCUCUGCUUGCCCUCGGGGCCCAAGUAGAACGUGUUCGGCCAGCAAGUAUCGUGGACAAGAAGCAGUUUGUGAACCUGGCUCGCGAACGGGCAAGAGACUUCGGUUCCACGCCCGACCCCACACAUCCGUCUGAGACCCAUCGCGCACACCUCAUCCCUACCGCAUCAUCUUCAAUGGUCGUUACGACCACUGCCGACGAUGCGCUUGAGGACAACGUCCUCAUGAGCCCCAGGGAGGAGCGAGAAUUCGCCUUGAAACCGCGCGGUUUCUUUGCAGACCAGUUUGAGAACAGAAGCAACUACCACUCCCAUUACGACGGGACGGGCCCGGAAAUCUGGCGCCAGACAAGCGGUGGAAUCGAUGCGUUCGUCUCCGGGGCAGGUACCGGUGGCACCCUCGCGGGGACGGGCCAGUACUUGAAGUCGAAGAAAAAGGACCUCCUGGUUGCGCUCUCUGACCCUGAGGGCAGCGGGCUGUAUAACAAGGUCAAGCACGGCGUGAUGUUCGACCGCAAGGAGGCGGAGGGCACGAAGCGGCGCCAUCAGGUCGACACCGUCGUGGAGGGCAUAGGUAUCAACAGGCUAACGCAUAACUUCGAGCUUGCGCUGCCGAUCAUCGAUGAUGCGUUCCGGGUGUCGGAUGCCGAAUCCGUGGCGAUGUCGCGCUACCUGGUUCAAAACGAUGGACUCUUCCUCGGUUCGAGCAGUGCGUGCAAUGUCGUCGCAUGCAUAAAGCUGGCCAAGAAGAUGGGUUGGAACAAUGGUCAGCGACUGGUCACGAUCCUAUGCGAUUCAGGGACGAGACACUACUCAAAGUUCUGGAACGACGAUUACCUCGCAAAAGCCGAUAUCCCAGUCGACACAAGCAUCAUAGACAGGCUGCUCGCCGAGCCGUCAAGCGCAUAG